ACGAGUUGUUGACAUGAACGUGUAAAGUCGUUAAAAGAAAGGGCGCGCGCGUUAGUGUUUUACUAAAAAUAAUAAUGUAGUAUUAUAAAUAGAGUAACCAAGUUUAAACUUUUGCAUAACUUAAAUAAAUGAAAUUAACGAAAUAUUGAAAUUAAAAUUAAACGAAAUAAGUGUUUUAUUAAAUUAGAAAAACAACAACGAAAUCUAUAAGAAUUUACAAUAACCAACGACUUAAUACAGUGCUAAAACAAAGUGCAAAAACUACAACAACAAGAAGAAAAACAAGUUUAGAGUUUGAGUAAUGAAACCAAAUACAAAUAAAACAACAUAAUUAUUAAUGUUGCUGAAAAAAAGCUCAUAAUAAAUUAAUAAAAAUGUUUAUAAAAUUGAACCGAGUAUAAUUAUUAACAAUCUAAUGUUGGAAUUUGAAAUCGAUAAAGUGCGUGUUGAAAGUGCUAUUACUCCAGACAUUCCUCCAAAUAAAAAUAAAUUCUGUGAACACAAAAUGAAUCAUUAACGAAAUAUACACAACAACAAUAACAACAACACAGAUAAAGCCUAAGUUUAAACAAAUCAAAAUAAAUAUAUUUAUGUAUUUUAUACAUAACACAACAGAAAACCAUAAAAAGUUUAUCUUUAUUGGAGGAUCACUAAAUUUUGUUAGUUUGUUAAUAAAAAUUUGUGUUUUUUUUAGUGUUUUGUAUUGUGGUCUCUUUCUAGCAAGUGUGCUGUUAAUAUAAUAAAGUGAACAAAAAUUCCCUAUUUGAGCAAGUGUCCUUUAAAUAUUAAAAUCUCUCUCUUUCAUUUAAGUAUUGUACGCACAUACAAACAUGUAUGAGCAAACUCCCUUUACUAGUUUAUUACUAAUUCGUAAUAACAACCCUGUAUUCCAUUAAAAACAACAACAACUACAAAUGAAAAACAACAAUAAGAACGUAGCACUAUUAAAAAAUUCUUAACAAUGCAGCUGCUUUUUUACGUUGAUUAUUUUUCUAACGUUGAUAUUAACAACAACAACAGCAAAAACAACUUAAACAACACUAACCUAGUAGUGAGCAACAACAACAUCAAACAUUUUAUGUGAAUGCAAUUGCAAAGUAAAAUUGAUAAUAAUAAAACAGAAACGAGAAAAAAAUUAACAAAAAAUAAACAAGUGAAAAGAAGUUAAAUAAAUAAAUAAUAAUACAAAUUAGUUAUUUUGCGGAAAGAAAUAACAUUAAUAAUAAACUUCAACUUUAUUAUAAAAAAAGUUAUUUGUUUCAUUUUUGCCUGGAACGUAAUUGUGUUUGUUGUCUUUUCUUCUUCAUUAUUAUUGUUGCUGUUUUGCAAAAGAAAGUCAGAGAAAAACGUGAGUUUUUUGCUGCCAACAUGAAAGUCACCGUUUGUUUUGGUGACACACGCAUUUUAGUGCCUUGUGGCGAUGGAAAUCUUUUGGUGAAGGAUUUAAUUAAUGAAGCCACCAGACGUUAUAAAAAAGCAGCAGGAAAGGAUCCAGAUUCUUGGGUUUCCGUACAUCAUUUACAAACACAAUGCGGCAUUUUAGAUCCCGAUGAUUGUGUGCGUGAUGUAGCCGAUGAUCGUGAAUAUAUACACGCUAGUUUUGAAGAUUCUGGACCGGAUCCAGGUGUGCCACAGGGCGGUGGUGAUGGUGCUUCAGGUAGUUCAUCAGUUGGCACUGGUUCACCCGAUAUAUUUCGUGAUCCCACAAAUACAGAUGCGCCCACUAAUGGUGCUCAUAAUGAUAAUUCCACACCUCAUAUUGAGGUAACCAGCACGACAGCAUGUCCUAUGACUGGACUGGGUCUACAAGUGCGUCGUAGUAGUGAUCCUAAUUUAUUGGCCUCUCUGAAAGCGGCUGAAAAUGGCAAUAAACGUUGGUCAGCAGCGGCACCUCAUUGUGCUGGUGAUUCUCCCGAAAGAAUUCACAUAGAAAAGGCGGGUUAUUUACCACCUCAGUGGGAGGAAGAAGAUGAUGGCCAUCAUCAAGCACCACCAGUACCAGCUCACCAACCUUUUGCUCGAUCCGGCAGACUUUCUAUGCAGUUUUUGGGUGAUGGCACCGGUUAUAAAUGGAUGGAUGCAGCUGAAAAAUUGCAACAACAACAGCAGUUACAACACCAAUCCCAACAGCCUCAACAACCCUCUAGAGAUUAUCAACAACAAUUUUUCUCCAGCAAGUCUUUGCCACGGGAAAGUACACGUAAAGAACCUUUAGGCCAAGCCUACGAAUCUAUAAGGGAAAAAGACGGUGAAAUGCUUUUACUCAUCAAUGAGUAUGGUAGUCCUUUGGGUUUAACCGCUAUACCCGACAAUGAACAUGGUGGUGGGCUCUUGGUACAACAUGUAGAACCCGGCAGUCGCGCUGAGCGUGGCCGUUUACGCAAAGGUGACCGUAUAUUGGAAAUUAAUGGUACAAAACUAAUGGGUCUAACAGAGCUAGAAGUUCAGGAUUAUUUACGCAAAGCUUUAGAAUCUUCCGAGUUAAGAGUGCGUGUAAUAAGAGCAAAUGCCAAAGGCUCGAAAAAUCGUCGUAGAGACUCUAAGGUGGCUGAAAUGAUAGAAGCUGAAGAGAAAAUGGCCUCUAGUUUAGAGAGUAAAGUAGCCACAGUUUCGCCUACCCGUAAGCCAAAUACCGCACCAGUAGGUGCUUCUUUGCAAGUGGCCAAUACACGAAAAUUAGGACGCAAAAUAGAGAUUAUAUUGAAAAAAGGUCCCAACGGUUUAGGAUUUUCGGUAACAACACGUGACAAUCCUGCCGGUGGUCAUUGUCCCAUUUACAUUAAGAAUAUAUUACCACGAGGAGCUGCCAUAGAAGAUGGUCGUUUAAAACCGGGAGAUCGCCUUUUAGAGGUAGAUGGUGUGGCCAUGACGGGUAAAACACAAACGGAUGUGGUGUCCAUAUUAAGAGCCACUUUACCAGGAGCUACUGUAAGAUUGGUGGUAUCAAGACAACAAGAAUUGGCGGAACCAGAAGAAAGGGAAAUUAAUUUCGAAAACAAAGAAAAUGAAUUUGAUUCACCACCUAAACCACCAGCUCCAGUGCUACCUGCUUCUAUGCAAAAUUAUCAGCAAGAUGUUAAAAAGUCCAAUAGUGCCCGUUCAUUAUUCGAACAGCAUCAGCAGCAACAAAAUCACAAUCUUAACGAAUCUCAACAUUUCAUUGAUGCUGGCAGUGAAUCGGCGGCUUCAAGUGACAGCUUACAAGCUGGUAUUGCCUGGCGUUCCAGAGAAAUGCUUACACUACACAUACCCGUUCACGACACCGAGAAAGCUGGUCUCGGUGUUAGUGUUAAAGGCAAGACAAGUUCCAAUAUUACCGGCUCCUCUACUGGCAGUUCGAAUGGUUCCAUGAAAAACGAUGGAGAUUUGGGUAUUUUUGUUAAGAAUGUCAUACAUGGUGGGGCCGCCUCACGAGAUGGCCGUUUACGCAUGAAUGAUCAACUGGUCAGUGUAAAUGGUGUCUCCCUAUUGGGGCAGAGUAAUGCUGAAGCUAUGAACACCUUAAAACAUGCCAUUGUCAAUAAUCCAGGCAGACAUCCUGGCAUGAUUACUCUACAAGUUGCUCGCAAAAUCACCAGAUCAGCCAGUUCGGGUGAUAUAUUGGAACAUACCAAUGAAAGCUCAAAUACCAGUGACACUAGUGGAGCUACAGUGAUUUAUUUAAGUCCAGAAAAACGUUCGGCAGAUAAACGUAAUAGUGGCAGUUCGAAUAGUGAAAUGAAUCGUUGGAGCAACCCCGUUUUGGAUAGACUAACCGGUGGUGCUUGCUCUGGCAAUUCAGGACAAAAAGGUCGCUCAACAGCAGCUACUACAAACUCCGCAGCAGGUGUUAAGAGUAGUGCUUCGCAUGCUCUACGCAAUGAGAGCUAUUAUAUGGCCACUAAUGAAACCUGGUCACCAGCUGUACAUCAUCCAGCACAACAUGUUAAUAAUUCAGUUUUGAUAGAACAUGAUCCCGAGCCAACAUCACCAACUCUUCCUCAUCGUCCCAUUGAAUCUAUAGCUUCUAGUGUAAUCAAUAACAGCGCCUCCAGUAAUCCUACAACUGGAUCUGCUCCUCAAAAUUUCGAUGCCACUUAUUCCUCACAGCUUAGUCUUGAAACCAACAAUUCGGGAGUCGAACAUUUUAGCCGUGAUGCUUUGGGUAGACGUUCCAUUUCCGAGAAACAUCAUGCUGCCUUAGAUGCUCGCGAAACUGGCACAUAUCAGCGUAAUAAGAAAUUGCGUGAGGAAAGAGAACGUGAGAGACGUAUUGCCCAUACUAAGUCAGCAGUGUUUAGUGGUUCUAUGGAAUCAUUAUCGGCUCGUAUAGCAGAAGCUAAUGCUAGAAUUCCCGGUUACAAACAUGCUAAAACCAACUCGGGCAUUGAACAGCAGCAGAUACAGUCUGAAGCUAGAGAUCAAGUGGGUGAUUUGGGUCCUUCUUUGGGUUUAAAGAAAUCUUCUUCUCUAGAGUCUUUACAAACCAUGGUACAAGAAAUACAAAUGUCAGAGGAGCCAAGAGGUGGGCCCACCACCCUAAGAGCACCACGCGGCAGAGGACGCGAAGAGAGUUUAAGAGCGGCUGUUGCCAGUGAUCAUGAUGUAAAGAAAGCUCGUCAAACCUGGCUAUUAGAAGACGGAGAUGCAGCAGAAGGUGGUUUUACUCAACGCAAUGGCCCCUUCCAAAGUUCCCUUAAUGAUGGUAAACACAAGUCUAGAGCUAAAAAGCCCGGCAUAUUACGAGGCAUAGGCUACAUGUUUCGUUUUGGUAAAAACCGUAAAGAUGUAGUAGCACCUUCGGAAAACCAGCCUCCCGUUACAAAUAAUGCUGCAAAUGAAAGAACGCCUGCCAAUAAUCAAAUACCUGCUGCUGCAUUGGCAGCUUUAGAUCGUAAUGCCAAAUUAGCUCCACCAGCUUAUCAACCUCCUCCACCACUACCACCAGCUAAUGCAAAUGGUACUGGAGGCUGCGGAGGCUCAGCAAAUCAUGUUGAUAGUAAUACAAAUGGUGGCAUUCAUCAAAAUGAUAUAUUCAAUCAUCGCUAUCAACACUAUUCCAACUAUGAAGAGCUACAACAACACAAUCAUCAUCAACAAAUUAGUCGUCGUCAUCAUCAUUAUCAUUCCCAACGUAGUGCGCGCUCACAGGAUAUAAACAUGCAACAGUAUCAAACGAACAGCAAUAACACAAGUAUACGUUCAAAUUAUUACGAUUACGAAACAGCACAACAACAUAAUUUAAGUCCAGGAUCCAUGCUUAACAAUAGUUUCCAACAACGCACCGGCAGUAUUAAACACAAUGGUCAUGCGGGCAUAACAAUAAAUGCCAGUCAACAUCAACAUCCUGCGCAUCAUUCACAACAAGCCUCAUCCGCCACAACAACCAGUCAGGCUCAUUGGAGGACGGCUGCCAUGAAUGGCUUCUCACCAGCCACCUUGAAUAGUAGUGCACGCAGUCGAGGACCAUUUAUAACUCAAGUCACUUUGGGUGGUCCCUCGUCUGGUAAUAGUAUUGCUGCCGGGCAGCAACAACAAUCACAGCCUACAUACCAAACGGUACAAAAACACAAUCAAACACAAUCUCAAUAUUCAGGUGCCGUAGCUGGACCGCAACAUACCGCUUCAAAAGUGUGACUAUAGGCCAACGUUCUUCGUCAAUGUUUGGGCGAAGACGUUGUUGUUCGUGGCCUAAGCAGUAAAUGCAAAACUACUACUUCAGCUACUACUACUUCUAAUAAUUCCCAUUACACAACAAAUUGCUUCAAUAAAGGUGGUCCAAAUGGUGGUGUCGUCAUUAAUCCUAAACAUAAAUCCCAAGCUAGUAUACAGGAAGAACAGGAUAAUGACUCAGAAGAUGAGGAUAUUGUAGAGAUUUUUUAUUUUGCCACCGAAUGCUAAACAAUAUUCUAACUACAAUUAAAAAUCUAAAUCUUUAACUAUUAAUAAGUCAUGGUGAGUUUUCUUAAAUAACCCUAUAAACAGACUACCACCCUAUAAGUAGUUUAUUAAAUUUUGUGUAUACUUUGUUGAAAUUAUAUAAAAUUUAUGUUUUCUAAAUUACUUCUAUACUAUAACAAAAUAACUGACUCUUUAAUAUUUAAAAAGCAAGUGCAAAUUUUUGAAUAUAUUUUCAAAAGUAAAACACAAUUUAUAAAUUAAAACAAUUUCUCCCAAAAGUAAAUUACAAAAAAAGACAAACGAAUAUAUAUAUAGAUUUAUUACAAAAAAACUUACUUUAAACUCAAAAUAUUUGACUAGAGACUGUUUAUUAAUUAUAAAAUUUAUUGUAUUGUAAUGUAUAUGUUUGGAAAUUGCUUUAAAAGUGGGUAUUUUUUCUAAUUGUUAAUUUUCAAUUUUACAUAGAGAAAUAUGUAUAUUAUUAUGUUAUUGUAUUUAAUGUUUAAAUGGAAAUUUAUUUAGUUUAAAGUUAAAAGGGACUGAAUUGAUUUUGUUUAGAUUUAAAAAGGAAUUGCUUUAAAUUUAAAAGUUAUGUCAUGGGUUUAAAUUUAUUUGCAAAUUAUAAUUGAAAUUUUAAAAUUCUGUUUUUCAAAACAAACUUAGCUAAAACGUUUUUUUUUUUACUUUCUCUGCUUUCUUUAAAGAAAUAUAUCAAUUAUUUUCAAAAUUUCAUUACCAAUUCAGUCCUUUUUCUUAAAUUAACUUCUACUAAAACUUAAUAUAAUACAAUUAUAAUAAACUUGAUCUGAAGCGUAACUAUUGUAUUGAUAUUUACAUGUUGACAUCUCGUAACUAACAUUUUAAAAUAAUGUAAAUGUAGUUUAAAAAGCUUUCAUCUUUCCAUUCAGGACAAAUCACUCAUUAUUUUAUCUCUGAAAAAUGAAUCACUUUGUUUCAAAAUUGCCAGUUAUAAAGUGUCAACAUACAGCAACAUCAAAAUAAAUUAAUUUAUAUAAAAUUGUAAUCAUUUUCUAAUAAUUAAACAGUAAUAGUUAAAAAAUUGUAAAUGUAAGUUAAAGAACUCAUUUUAUAAAACAAAAUAUUUUGAAUUAAAUU